UACCCGAAACCCGAAAAAAUUACCCGAUCAACACCCCUAGAUUUUGGGGAAUUUCAAUCGGCGCCACUGAUCUGGGAAGAGGAGCCUUGCCAUUAAUGUUGUCAUCGUAGAUGACAUCUGUCGGUUGUUCUGUUAUCAGCAGGUUCACUUCGGCCGCCCCUGUAUUAUCCGGAUUUCCAAUCAUGCCUUCACUACCGUCGAUAGCCAUCGGUGAUGACAUUCCUACUUGCUUCGUGCAUUAAUCAACCGGUCGAAUUUCUCGUUCUUCCUGUUCAUCGACUUCCAUCUGUCUUCAUCGGCUUCCACAGCCGCUUUCGAUAUCCUCCUCUUCAUCAGAUUCCCCUACCUUGUCAAAUGGUGAAGGUUUGAACGGAGACCAAUCGUCUGAAUAUUCGACUACCCCGACUUGGUAUUCCACACACUCAACCACGAUUGUUAUUUCUUCGUUGAUCCAUUUCCUCGAUGAUGUUAUUACUCCAACCUUUCCCAUGGAGUAGUCUCUUCUGUUAGAGAUGUUGUCGAAUGGGUUGAUAACUUUGCCGAGCGGCCGUGCUAUGGUGAAGUUGUUUUCGUCUCAUACUGGUAGUGGGACUCCCAGUAUUUUGAUCCAAGCAAUUAUUUGUAAUGGUUUUGGUCUGAUCGUACAAGCCCCUUAAACCAAUCUCUCCAAAGUAAAAUGUUAAUAAAAUCAAUAUUUUUUUAUUAUAUGGGUCAACCGUCCAUAAAACCGAUAUAAAACUAGUUUUAUUUAAUGCAACAACUAACACGUCUUGAAUUUAACAUGCCUUGAGAAUUUCCGUUCUGGUAAUUGUACUCCUUAAUUCUUUAAUAUAUACUGUAUAAUUUAAUAGGUUUACUGAAGCCAAAAUAAUAUGAGUCGAAAAGUCGAAAAGUCAAUACUUUAAACUCAAAAUUAAUUUCGAUUUGAAUAAUCAACAAUUCGAAAAGCCAAUACUAGCAGCUCUACGUUUUCGCCCUUCAUACUUUACAGAAAUUUGAAGCUACUUUCCUUCCAUUAGCCAUCCAAUUUAUUCUCAUUUUAUUUGCUGAAUCUUCAUCUGUAUGUCUUCAACCGAUGUUUCCUUUAGUAGUAUAUUCGUCUUUCUAUUCCCAAUUCUUUCCUUCGCAACCAUCCAACAAUUUAACGAGUGUUCAACCACGUUCUAUGCUUGUGAUCAGUCGAUCACAUAUAUCAGCUAUCCCUUUUGGGGAAACGGUCGUCCAUCUUACUGUGGACUCGAGGGAUUCGAACUUACUUGCAGAGAAGACAACAUCACCACUCUCCAAAUCAACAACACAACGUUCCGUGUUGGUCGAAUCGAUCAAAACAAUACUAAACUCACCCUCGCCCUUGAUGAUCUCUGGGAAGGUGAUCAACCUAAUGCUUGUUUGUUGAGACCGAAUGAAUCGAUUGACCUUACCACGUUUCGCUACACUUUUUUUAGUUACGUUCCCGAUGGAUCUCUUUUUCUAGGGAUAUACUUUUCGUGUCUGGAAGAUGUGGUUAGGUCGAUUCCGAAUAGGAACAGGUUUAAUUGUUCCGGUGAUGAAGAUGGGAGAGUUAGUUUCAUUGGGAAUCGAUCGAUUGCUGUAGGGGAUGCAUGUGAGCGUGUGAUUGGAGUGCCGGUUUUGAGGACGGCGUUUGAGGAUUUUAACCGGAGUGAAACGAUGCCGUUGCAGGAGUUGUUGUGGAUGGGUUUUCAGAUGGAGUACAGGGUGGACGGCGGCGGAAUUUGCUCCCGGUGUCAGAGAUCUGGUGGGUCGUGUUGGUCCAAUUUGAAUUCCUCCACCCCUUCUUGCAUUUGCCCAGAUGGUGUUUCCAGUUUGGUAUGCGGCUCAGGGUCCCCAACUUCGUUGAGAAUAAAACUUGCUUUCGGAAUUGGAUCUGCACUUCUCUUGAUUGUGUUGAUAUUCAUAAUAUAUUGCAUUCGGAAAUCCUCAACAAGCAGUUGUGUUGCGCUAUUUAAGCAUCAAACUGAGGACGACAAAAGUGUUGAGACCUUUGUUAUACAAUAUGGAUCCUUAAGUACAAAAAGAUACACAUAUGCUGAUAUCAAGAAAAUGACAAACUCAUUUCAAGUUAAAUUAGGACAAGGAGGUUUUGGUACUGUGUUUAAAGGAAAACUAUCAGAUGGGCGUCUUGUGGCAGUAAAACUUUUAAACUCAUCGAAAGCAAGCGGACAAGAAUUUAUAAACGAAGUUGCAAGCAUCGGUAGGACUUCUCAUGUUAAUAUUGUUACUCUCUUGGGAUUUUGUUUUGACAAUCAAAAAAGAGCUCUGAUAUAUGAGUUCAUGCCAAAUGGAUCAUUAGAGAAGUUUAAAUAUGGCCAUGUUUCUCAAUGUACAAGUGAACACAUAGGAGUAGACAAGUUAUAUGAGAUAGCACUUGGAAUUGCACGGGGUCUUGACUACUUGCAUCGUGGCUGCAACACUCGUAUUUUGCAUCUUGAUAUAAAGCCACAUAACAUCCUCCUUGAUGAAGACUUUUGCCCAAAGAUAGCAGAUUUUGGCCUUGCUAAAUUGUACUCGAGAAAAGAUAGUAUUGUUUCUAUGUUGGAGGCUAGAGGCACUAUCGGGUAUAUUGCCCCUGAAGUUUUUAACAGAAACUUCGGUGGAGUGUCCCAUAAAUCUGACGUAUAUAGUUAUGGGAUGCUCAUACUAGAAAUGGUUGGAGGAAGGAACAAUGUUUAUAAUGGUGUUGGAUCCGAGGAUACGAGUGAAAUCAUGUAUUUUCCAAAUUGGAUUUAUAGCCGUCUUAAGACAAAUGAAUUCUUAUUUGAUGGUGUGACAUCUUCUACAGAAAAUGAAUAUGUUAGAAAGAUGACUAUAGUCAGCUUAUGGUGCAUACAAACUAAUCCCAAGCAAAGACCAUCGAUUAAUGAAGUGAUUGAAAUGUUGGAAGGAAGCAUGGAGGCAUUGGAAAUUCCCCCAAAACCUUUCUUCUCUUCUCCACCACGAUCACCAACCACCAUGUUUAACAUAUCGCAAGAAGUGACCGAUGAGCACUCAUGUAUUUCACAAAGGACAUGAUAUAUUAACGAAAUCAAACUGCAUUUUUAUGA